GAAGUUGGGCUCUCACUUCUUAUAAAGUUGCGACCAUCUGGGUGAUCUUCUGCAGCCCGAACUCCAUCCCCAGCCAUGUCCAAGCCCCUGACCGACCAGGAGAAGAGGAAGCAGAUCAGCAUCCGGGGCAUUGUCGGGGUGGAAAAUGUCUCCGAGCUGAAGAAAGGAUUCAACAGGCACCUCCACUUCACUUUGGUGAAGGACCGGAAUGUGGCCACCACCAGGGACUACUACUUCGCCCUGGCACACACCGUGCGCGACCACCUGGUGGGCAGAUGGAUCCGGACCCAGCAGUACUACUAUGAGAAGGACCCCAAGAGAACAUACUACCUAUCCCUGGAAUUCUACAUGGGCCGCACCCUGCAAAACACAAUGAUCAAUCUGGGGCUGCAGAAUGCAUGUGAUGAAGCCAUCUAUCAGCUUGGACUGGACAUCGAGGAGCUGGAGGAAAUGGAAGAAGAUGCCGGGCUUGGAAAUGGUGGCCUGGGACGUCUCGCUGCAUGUUUCCUGGACUCCAUGGCUACUCUAGGACUGGCAGCCUACGGGUACGGCAUCAGAUACGAGUAUGGAAUCUUCAACCAGAAGAUAAAAGAUGGAUGGCAGGUUGAGGAAGCAGAUGAUUGGUUGAGACAUGGAAACCCUUGGGAAAAGGCCCGCCCAGAAUAUAUGCUGCCCGUUCACUUCUAUGGAAGAGUGGAGCACACGAGGACCGGUGUACGGUGGGUGGAUACCCAGGUAGUUCUAGCCAUGCCGUAUGAUACUCCGGUUCCUGGAUACAUGAACAACACGGUGAACACCAUGAGACUCUGGUCAGCACGGGCACCUAAUGACUUCAACCUCAAGGACUUUAAUGUUGGUGAUUACAUUGAGGCUGUAUUGGACCGUAACCUGGCAGAGAACAUCUCUCGAGUGCUCUAUCCAAAUGACAAUUUUUUUGAAGGGAAGGAGCUGCGUCUGAAACAGGAGUACUUUGUGGUAGCUGCGUCCUUGCAAGACAUCAUACGCCGUUUCAAAGCCUCCAGAUUUGGAUGCCGGGACACAAUCCGGACUGGGUUUGAUGCUUUCCCAGAGAAGGUGGCCAUUCAGCUUAAUGACACUCACCCGGCAUUGGGAAUCCCAGAGCUGAUGAGAAUAUUCCUGGAUAUAGAGAAACUUCCAUGGGAAAAGGCCUGGGAAAUCACCAAGAAGACUUUUGCCUACACUAACCACACCGUGUUACCUGAGGCUCUGGAGCGCUGGCCAGUGGACCUGGUGGAGAAGUUGCUUCCUAGGCACCUGCAGAUAAUCUAUGAAAUAAACCAGAGGCAUCUGGAUAGGAUCACCUCCGUCUACCCUGAAGACUUGGACCGCCUCAGACGCAUGUCGCUGAUCGAAGAGGAUGGCGUGAAAAGGAUUAACAUGGCUCACCUGUGCAUUGUCGGCUCGCAUGCUGUCAAUGGAGUGGCCAAAAUCCACUCAGACAUUGUUAAAACGCAAGUAUUCAAAGAUUUCAGUGAAAUGGAGCCAGACAAGUUCCAGAACAAGACCAACGGAAUCACACCUCGCCGCUGGUUGCUGCUGUGUAAUCCGGGUCUUGCAGAGCUCAUAGCGGAGAAAAUAGGGGAGGGGUAUGUCAAGGAUUUGAGCCUGCUGACCCAGUUAAAGAAGUUUGUUGAUGACAAUGUGUUCAUCCGAGACGUGUCGAAGGUGAAAGAGGAAAACAAAUUGAAGUUCAUUCAAUACCUGGAGAAGGAAUACAAGAUGAAGUUAAACCCAGCUUCCAUGUUUGAUGUGCAAGUGAAGAGGAUUCAUGAGUACAAGAGGCAGGUACUCAACUGCCUCCAUAUCAUCACUAUGUACAACCGUAUUAAAGAGAACCCCAUAAAGGAAUUUGUUCCAAGGACUGUUAUAAUUGGUGGAAAGGCUGCUCCGGGGUAUCACAUGGCAAAGAUCAUCAUAAAACUCAUCACGGCUGUGGGGGAGAUUGUGAACAAUGACCCCGUAGUGGGGAACAAGCUGAAAGUCAUUUACUUGGAGAAUUACAGAGUCUCUCUGGCAGAGAAAGUGAUUCCAGCCACAGACUUGUCCGAACAGAUCUCCACAGCGGGCACUGAAGCCUCUGGCACCGGGAACAUGAAGUUCAUGUUGAAUGGAGCACUAACUAUUGGUACCAUGGAUGGUGCCAAUGUAGAGAUGGCAGAGGAGGCCGGAGAAGAGAACCUGUUCAUCUUCGGCAUGCGAGUCGAUGACGUGGCUGAGAUGGACAAAAAGGGGUACAAUGCACGAGAAUACUAUGAAAAACUUCCAGAGCUGAAGAAAGUUAUUGACCAGAUACAGAAUGGCUUUUUCUCUUCCACAAAGCCAGAGCUCUUCAAAGACUUGGUCAACGUGCUCUUCAACCAUGACAGGUUUAAAGUAUUCGCAGACUACGAAUCCUAUGUGAAGGCCCAGGAUAGAGUUAGUGCUCUGUAUAAGAAUCCAAAAGAGUGGACCAAAGUGGUCAUCAAGAACAUUGCAGCAUCUGGAAAAUUCUCCAGUGACAGAACCAUCAAGGAGUAUGCCCGGGACAUCUGGGGGGUAGAGCCCUCGGACAUGAAGAUCCCACCACCUAACGAACCCCGAGAUGCUGUUGAGGAUGUCAAAGCUGCUGCACCUGCUGCAAAGGCAAAGGCUUAACCAGGAUCUCCUGGGUCAACGGCAAGAAGGGCGCAA